UGUGUGUGUGUGUGUGUGUGUGUGUGUGUGUGUUAUGUUAUGAACUGUGGGGAUUCCCUUUCCUUCCCUCAGCAGAGAGCUGUACCGGGCAGGACCUGGCAGACCUUGGAGACCGCCUCAGAGACUGGUUCCAACUGCUCCAUGGAAACGCCAAGCAGAACAACUCAGGCAAGCCUGGACCUGGCACCGUCCCAGUCCUGGACAAGAGCCUGGUGGCCAGCUGUAAGGAUUCCAUAGGCUGGAUGUUCUCUAAGCUGGAUACUAAUACUGACCUGUAUCUGGACCAGGCCGAGCUGGCAGCUAUCAACCUGGACAAGUAUGAGGUGUGCAUCCGCCCCUUCUUCAACUCCUGUGACGGAUACAAGGAUGGGAGGGUUUCCACCGCAGAGUGGUGCCUCUGCUUCUGGAGGGAAAAGCCCGCUUGUCUGGCUGAACUAGAGAGGAUCCAGGUUCAACAAGUGGCCAAGAAGAAGCCUGGCAUGUACAUCCCCAGCUGCGAUGAGGACGGCUACUACAGGCAGCUGCAGUGUGACCAGAGCAUGGGAGAGUGUUGGUGUGUCGACCAGCACGGAGGAGAAAUUAUGGGCUCUAGAAUCCAUGGCAACCCUGACUGUGAUGAACUGCUGGGAUAUUCCGGAGAUUUUGGGAGUGGCGUGGGAUGGGAGGAUGAGGAAGAGAAGGAGGAGAACGGAGAAGAGGCGGAGGAGGAGGAGGAAGAGGGGGAGGCAGACGACGGAGGAUACAUCUGGUAGAAACUGAACCCAAACGGAGAACCUGGUCAGGAUGGAUCCACUGGCCUACAACUACAGGGAUGAUGGCUGAGGCUUGCGUCCCAAAUGGCACCCUAUUCCUAUGUAGUGCACUACUUUUGACCAGGUCUCAUAGGGACACCCAUAGGGGGUCUGUCAAAAGUAGUGCACUAUAUAGGGAAUAGGGUGUCAUUGGGGAUGCAAGCAUCUUUGUCUCCUAACAGCAAAAGAUUUGGGGAUUUCGGGGCAUGGGAUUCUGUCUCUAUUGUCGUUGAUCUGGGGAGUGGGAGGUGUGAGGGGGGGGUACAGUGGUGAGAUUGCUAGUUUUUGUCUUAAAUAUGUGAAUUAUUGCUUCAUUCUUUUCUGUUUUGUAAGCAAGGGAGUGUUCUGUUUCACCGUAGAGAACUAUCAUCUGAUAAUCUGGCCAUCAAAUGUUACUGUCAGAAAUGCAUCUAGUGUCAUACAUUUAUGUUCCAUUGUGAACAAUUGCUUGAAUAUUGAAAUCGCAGAUCUGCUAAAAAUGGAACGGAUUGAGACCUGAGACAGUGGAAAAGGGGUCAAUAUUUACCUGGUUGUGUUGUCAAAAUCAGAGAUGCUGCGUAUAUAAAUCCUGUAGCUAUGAUCUAUGAAGCAGGACAACGAGACUAGACUACUCUGGUUAUAACCCAAAUGGUACACUGUUCCCUUUUAUAGUGUACAGCUUUUUAUCAGGGCCUGUAAAGCUCUGGUCUGAAGUCGUGCACUAUACAUGGAUUAGGGAGCCACUUGGGAUGCAAGCCUCUCUUUUAGGAGGUGAUUCCACUACUGAGAGAAAUUAUUAUUUUUCUCUUAAACGUUUCUUAGCGAAGCAUAUUUCUCGGUUCUCUUUUGACGCGAAUGUCGUCAAAGUAACGUUGCUCAUUGGAUCAUUUGUGAAAAUGACCGUGUUUCGUGCAUUAUGGGGGUGAAUACAGGACUGAGAAACAGGCUUGUUAUUCAAGGAAGGCUUUUGUGCUACUUUAUUGCUAAAAGGUAUAACUGAUGUACACGGCUCUCUGCGGUCUAUAAACCUUUAAAAACUAUAUAUAUAUAUCGAUUAACAUAGACACAAGAACUACUAAUAUCUCUUAUGAAACUGCUUUGGGAACUUUGUUUCUUUUUGUGUUAUUUCAACUCAAAACUUGUAGAAUGUAUAUUACUUGUCCCGUCAACCUACACCACCAAGGGUAACAUCCCAAAUGGCCCUCUAUGCCCUAUAUAGUGCACUACUUUCUAUCCAGGGCUCAUACAGACUCUCUGGUCCAAAGUAGUGUACUAUAUAGGGAAUGGUAUUCCAUUUGGAAUGCAGACACUACCUUAUCCUAUGGGAAGUCUGUAAAUCACUUCAAAGAAUGUGUCAGUCGAUGUUCUAUUCUCAGUCUUUAUUUUGGUGUUUAUAAAACAACGUGUAUGCUACUUGAAGUUCUGUGUGUAUACUUGAAAUCUCACCGUUAGAUUGUUUUCUACGAGUAUAUUGUUGCCAUUAUUAUUCCAUCACUUCAGUUGUUUUUAGUAUAUUGCACGUUAUAGUGAACAUGAAUGUACUUCUCCUAGGCUGAGCACUUUACUAUUAAAGGCAUUGGGCCCCAAAACCUCUUG